AUGAAUAAUACGAAUUAUUAUGCACAACAAUCACAGGUGCAACAGCCACCUCCCCAGCAGCAGCAGUCUGCUUCGUCCCUUCAUGGCUUUCCACCCGGCCAGAUGAGCGUACAGCAGAUGCAAGAAAUGCAGAGUAAGAUACUCGCUCAGGACUAUGGGCGCAAGCAGCAUCCUUCGCAACAACUCCAACAGCAACCGCACCAGUUGAAUCCUCAACAUCCGCAAUCCUUUGGAAUGGCUCACUCUGCGGCUAAUCCUAGUGCUCUCAAUGGACCUUCCUCUUCGUCUCGGCCAGGUUCCGUAGGGCCUGGUGCCGUUGUAAAUGGUGUUGUUAAUGGCCAUAUAGGUCAUCCUCAGGGAGGUGCAUUCGAUCAUCACCAAUUCGCCGCUCCUGGUCACAUGCAGCUUGGCCAACCUGGUACCCACUCUCAGCAUGCACCUCAAGCUGGGCAUCACGAACAUCAACCACAAAUGGGUGGUUAUCAGCAACAGUAUUCAUCACGGACGGGGCAUCCUCCCGGUGCACCGAUGAUGAAUGGAAACGUGUCAAUUCCCCAGCGAACACCUCACUCGCAUCCAAGUCCUUUACAGUCUACCCAAACGCAGAAUAUUGCUCAGAUACGACGAGGCGUAAGCAUGAAUAUGAGUACAGGGACCGUUCAGCCCAUUGCGAACCGCGCGGCGAGUAGCAAUAUACCCGCAUCUGAUUUUGGUGUCCAACAGCACAACGCUGGUCUCUCUUACAAUACAAGCACCCGUGGGUUACAGGGCGUAAAUCAAGGUGGAGGUGCUCCCGGUGUGAAUGGAGGUGUGAACCACUUGCAAAUGGGCGGUCAAACCCAAAACCCGAAUGUACCCCCGUCGCAAAUGUCCAUGCAGAUGCGUACGAAUACUACCGUGGUGGCGAACGGAAUUCCGAUGCAGCAUCAGCAUCAGCAUCCGCGUUCCAGUACCCGAGCCCCUUCUCAGAUGGGCCCAAACUCCGCAUUACUAGGUGGCGCGGUCGGGAGCCCUCGCAUGAAUGGGGCCGUACCCGCUUCUGUACCUGGUGUUCCACAUCCUAUGGCGACGCGUGCUAGCUCGAUGGGGCCAUCGUACAUAAGUGGACCUGCUUCGCAAUCUGGGCAUAGUUCGCAACCUCAAAUGGGUAAUCCAGCAGGGCCUUCAUCCAGCACAGCAGGCCCAUCCACGGGCACGUUCGCAGUGGCACCAUCAGGAGCUCCAGCAAAUAUGCCCAUCGACGCCCGCCAGCACCAGAUUCAACAACAAAUGCAACCCAUACCUCAAGCAUCCCACCCUGCUCCCACCCAGAUAACCGGAAAGGGGGCUGCUGAGGCUGAAGCGGCGAAAAGCCAACGAACACGCCCAUCUGACGCACCACCCAAUGUGAUCGCCCAGACACUGGCUCAAAUUAAUCCUGCCUUGAAAACGAUUAACCAAGCCGUGACCAAUGUCCGUGUGUUACCUUUCGCCUCAGAUCCAUCUGACGUGACACAUGGCGGCGAGCUACCCGUCCUGUCUGAGAAAGACCUUCUCCAAAUGAAGGAAGUAACGAAGAAGGACGAGGAAUAUGAAGCGCUAUGGAGAGGAACUCGAGAUCGGAUGAGUCAGGAAAUGGAGGAAGCAGUAGGUGGCACGGUCAAGUGGUGGGAAAAGGACUUGGCUGCUCCGGAUAGUGUUGAGGAAAGAACAAGACUCGAGAUUGUUUGGCCUGAUCAGAGUCGGCAGUUGAGGGAAAAGAGGAGGGAGCGGAAGGAGAUCAGACUGCCUCGCCCUAGUCGUGCGGCUUCUCGGCGACCGGAGGAACUUGUACCAAUCCGCAUAGAAAUAGAACAUGAGAACCACCGUCUCCGAGAUACCUUUGUUUGGAACCUUAACGAUCCUGUCGUGACUCCUGAAAUCUUCGCUCAUACAACAUGCUUAGACCUCGACCUCCCACAUUACUUCAUUUCCCAGUUCGGCUCGCAACUCAAGCAGCAACUUUCGGAAUACUCAACACACAAACUGGAAUACCCCACCCCUAUGGAUAUUGAAGAGUCGAAAGUGAAGAUUAAGGCGCCACUUCUUGCCGGUCGUCUAGAUUCAAUGGAUGAAGAGGUGUGGUCUCGUUGGCGGAAACGAUUACGGGUCAGUGAGGAUGGUUCUCACUCGGGCGUUCGGGCUGGACAUGGGCGCGAGAAUUCGCGCAAUGAAGCGGAUCUAUCUGACUCUCAGUCCGUGGACGGCUCGGAGAGAGGGACCAUGGACGAUGUGUUCGAUGCAGACACCUCGCUUACGUCAAUUGAAGACGAAGAUGAGAUGGUUGGCGAACUGAGGAUUCUUAUCAAACUUGACAUCACUGUUGGGUCGAUAAACCUCUCCGAUCAAUUUGAAUGGGACAUUAGUGAUUCUAAUAACUCCCCAGAAUUGUUCGCUGAGGUUUAUUGCCGUGAUUUAGGCUUGGCCGGUGACUUCAGGACCGCUAUUGCGCACGACAUCCGAGAGCAGAUUUAUGCUUACAAGAAAUGUUUAGCAGUUGUCGGUUAUCCCUUCGACGGUUCCUCCGUGCAAGACGAUGAUCUAAAGACCGUCUUCCUUCCUGCCAUCAAACGAACCGCUCGCACUCUUGAAGACGCAGAGACCUAUACCCCUCUUCUCAACUACCUUAGCGAAGGUGAGAUGGAGCGUCUGGAGAAAGAGCGUGAGAAGGAGAUUAGAAGAAAGAAACGCCCAGGACGUGGCCGCGCCAAAGCUCUCUCCGACCGUGAUCCUGUCAAGACGCAACGCACUUUAUUGGGCGCUACUGAAAUCCACAAUGGUAUGCCGCCACCAGCGGUUGUCCCUAUGGGAGGAACCGUCAGACGAGCCGCAGCCCAAGCUGCAUCGGCUACCAUAGCAUCUCUUGCUGCCUCUGAGAAUAGCGAUCGUCCUUAUGGUGUAAUGAUGACCCCCCCUAUUGUUCAUGAACGCCCGCAACCUGUCCAACCUGUUGCGCCCCCACCCCCAGCCAAGCCGACCAAACGUCAAAAAUCCAUUCAGCUCCGCGCUCCAACUCUACCCGACGAUAUCUUUCAUCCGCGAUCAAGACUAUCUAUAACCCGUUCUGUUGCAACUACACCCGUCAAACCUUCAUCUUCGCGAGCCCCCACAGCGAAAGAGGUUGCGGACGCGAAGAUCAAAGAGUACGCUGAGGGUUUACAUCCCUGCAUUGUCAAUGGGAAAUGGCAUUGCUCCGUCUGCGGGUGUCCGGAGGAUAUAGCCAUUGGGCGACGCAAAGGACCGCUAGGCGAGAAGACCAUGUGCGGUGAUUGUGGUAAAUUCUAUCAUCGUCAUCGGCGACCAAAUGAUCAAGUGGAGUAUAACACGGACCCGAUCUAUCACCUGACCAAACGGCGUUCGAACGAGGAGCUACGACGGAUUCAAAGGAGAGGAAUGGGAUACCGAGCGUCCCACAUGGCUCCAAUUCCACUCCCCGAUGCCUCGAAUUCUCGAGGAGAUUCUCCGCUUUCUGAUGAUGAUGACGACGACGACGAUGACGAUGUCCCUCUCGCAUCACGCCGUUCCAAACAACCUUCGGUUAACCGUAUCCAAUCACCGGACCUUUCUGAUCUCGACAGCAACGCGGGCGAUAGCAAACCUCUCAUUCAAGUCACAGCCCAAGCGAAAGACGCAAAAGCCUCGGCUGCUCCCGAACGCCUUCUUUCACCUCCAGCAGAAGUUAAACCGAUGUCCCAACCCGAGCAAACGCCCACAGCAUCGCCUGCCAUGAACCGGUCCUGGCCGAAUGGCGCGAACACUAGCCCUGUCCCUCCCCAGUCUUCCCCAGCUGUCCCUUCACCCAGAGUUCCCCGUAGGCUGCCCCAGGCACUACGAGACCCUUAUUUCCUUCGAAUGCUCCUGAGUGGUUGCAACGAUCGCCCACUCCAACCCGGUGCUGACCCAGCAGCUCCUCCAGAAUGGCGACUGAAAUGCUUUGACUGCCCUGGAAAGUUGUAUACGCCCGGGCCUAAUGAAACUCUCGACAACUUCAUUGUUCACCUCAAGAAUCGCAACCACCGUAAUAAUGUAUUCAAGCGUCAAAACGAGGCGAAGCAAAGCACUACACCUACACCGACUACCACCACCAUUACGAAUGCCGCAACAUCUUAA